CACCGCGCUCGCUCCCGGCGCGAGGGACCGAGCCGGGGAGAGAGGGAAGCAGGGAGGGAGCCGGACGCGGAAGUGGUGGCGGCGGCGGCGGCGGCGGCGGCGACCGCGAGGUCUCGGACUGGUCCCACGCGCCGAGGGACGGGCUGCAGAACCCGCUUUGGAAAACCCGAGCGAGGGGCAGGAGCGCUGGGGCCUCCUGUCCUCCGCUUCGACGAGCUCCCACAGUGAUGGUGAUGGUGAUGGCGACUGCGCCUCGGACCGCCCCAGUCCAGCUGCACCCCGGGAGACACAUCCAGAAAGUGCCCAGAAGAAACAUCCUACUGGAAAAACUGAAAAAGCACCAUUUAUAACCCUGGAAUCUGUGGAUAAUUUCUCAAAAUGGCAGAAAGUGGUGAAAGCAAUAGUCAAAAUGUAGAUGUAAGGCCCAAAACUAGCCGAAGUAGAAGUGCGGACAGAAAAGAUGGUUAUGUGUGGAGUGGAAAAAAGUUAUCUUGGUCCAAAAAGGGUGAGAGCUGUUCAGAUGCUGCAACACUGAGCACUGUGGAGAAAGCUGACAUUCCUCUGAGGAGCCGAGAACGGAAGCACAGCUGCUCGUCCAUCGAGCUGGACUUGGACCAUUCCUGUGGGCACAGGUUUUUGGGCCGAUCUCUGAAGCAGAAGCUACAGGACGCUGUCGGUCAGUGUUUUCCAAUAAAGAAUUGCAGUGGUCGGCACUCUUCAGGGCUUCCAUCCAAAAGAAAAAUCCAUAUCAGUGAACUUAUGUUAGAUAAGUGUCCUUUCCCACCUCGAUCAGAUUUAGCCUUUAGGUGGCAUUUUAUUAAACGACACACUACUCCCUUAAAUCCCAAAUCGGAUGAAUGGGUAAGCACAGAUUUGUCUGCAAGUGAACCACGGGAGGGUCACGUAAAACAGAGAAGGAACAUGGAAGAGGUAGACUGUUUCUCACAUGCCAGUGUCCCACCCUGUGUCAUAACAACCAGUGGUGCUUUGUGUACAGUCAGUCCUGUGGCUGACUCAGUGAUGAACCUGGCUUCAAGCCAGAGCAUAGAAGAUAGCGAUAUGGAUUCUGAUGAUGAAUCUGUAACACUUUGCACAAGUUCCAGGAAAAGAAACAAACCCAAAUGGGAAAUGGAUGAUGAACUCCAGCAAUUGGAAACCCCUCCUAAGUACCACACGCAGAUUGAUUACGUCCACUGCCUUGUCCCGGACCUCCUUCAGAUUAACAAUAAUCCAUGUUACUGGGGAGUUAUGGACAAAUAUGCAGCCGAAGCUCUGUUAGAAGGAAAACCUGAAGGCACCUUUUUACUUCGAGAUUCAGCACAGGAAGAUUAUUUAUUCUCUGUCAGCUUCAGACGCUACAGCCGUUCUCUCCAUGCUAGAAUUGAACAGUGGAAUCACAACUUCAGCUUCGACGCCCAUGACCCCUGUGUCUUUCAUUCCCCUGACAUCACUGGCCUCCUAGAACAUUAUAAAGAUCCCAGUGCCUGUAUGUUUUUCGAACCACUUCUGUCCACUCCUUUGAUGCGGACAUUCCCCUUUUCCCUGCAGCAUAUAUGCAGAACAGUUAUUUGUAAUUGUACAACUUACGAUGGCAUUGAUGCCCUCCCAGUACCCUCUCCGAUGAAAUUGUAUCUGAAGGAAUAUCACUAUAAAUCAAAAGUUAGAGUUCUCAGGAUUGAUGCACCGCAACAGCAGUGCUAGGGAAAGGCCAGGAACAUGGGAAGAAUUGGAUGCGGAUUUUUUACUAGUUUUGGUUUGGUUUGGUUUGGUUUUUCGUUGGGCCAUUUUGAAUUUUUUUCAAAGUCAGUUGACAUCCAAAACAGUCCUCUGAUCAGAUUCUUCCUCCAGGUUAGUUGGUUUUUCAUGUGAUGCACUGAUUGCUUAAGGUUGUGCCUUAGCGGGUAACUGGUUUUUUGUUU